AUGCAACAAGAGCGUGAGAGCGCUGAAUUGUGUUUAAAUGGCUGUGGAUUUUUUGGUGCGCCAGGCAGUGGAGGUAUGUGCAGCGUGUGUUGGAAAAAAACCAUGUCGGAUCGACAAGCAGCGGUGGCAUCUCCACGCGCUACCGAGGCAAAAGUAGACGUGGCGACUGUGGUAGAAACGGCUGCAUCUGCGUCUGCCGACAUCGUUGAUAAUAACGCUGGGCUUCAGGAAGAAACAGUUGAGGCGAUGUCGACGGAAAAGCUUGUGCAGAAAAACAAGAAGCGCUGCUGGGAAUGCAAGAAAAAACUGGGAUUGACUGCUAUUGAGUGUCGAUGUGGUUAUAUUUUCUGCAAUAGUCACCGUUUUGAAGACCAGCACAAUUGUUCGUUUGAUUUUAAGGCGGCGGAUCGUGCUGAGCUUGCUCGUCGUAAUCCUGGCGGUGGCGAGUUCAGCAAGCUUGAAAAGCUCUAA